AUGAAACAAACAAAACCAAUAACAUUAUCUUUCGUAUUAUUAUGGGUGUUGCUGUCAAUAUUCUCAACACUUGCAAUUCCAACGCGUGAUUCUAAUACUUUUGCGGUACCACUGGGUGUACCAAAUGCAAAAAAGUCACCAAAUCCUCCAUCAUAUGCUAUACUGCCUGUUAAAACACCUGCAGUUCCAGUCGGAACACCACCAAAAAUUGUAUACUUACAAGUAGAUACCGGUAGUGGAUCAACCAUUGUUCUUCCGCCCUACAAUUCUUCUCUUUCGCGAACAGCGAAAAAGGAACCAGCAAAUGAUACUACAUUACCAUUCUUGGGUGGAUUGAAAAUUUCUGGACACUACGUAAGAGAUGUAUUCAGGAUCGGUAGCAUCACAAUUCGUGAUCAUAAAUUUCUCGCCGGAACUAACGUAUCGCAAGAAGCUCCAGGUAAUGGCAUCUUGGGAUUGGGCAUACGGACUCAGAUUCCUGAUGGUGAAACCAUUGGCGCUCCAUUACUUGGAAUACAAUUAGUUAAAGGAGGUGGAGGUCAAAUUUUAUUCGGUGGCAUUGAUUAUUCAAAAAUCAUUGGGUCAAUCACCUACGAAAAACAAAGUGUAGAAGACCAAUGGAUAAUCCCAAUAAAAUUAGCAUUCACCUUCGGUGUAGAGCUUCCCAAAAACUCCAGCAUAGAAUCCAACAGACCAAUCGAGAGCAGUGCACUAAUUGACUCAGGCUCGACAGUAGUUUAUGUGGAUAACGGAUUAGCCGACGCGUUCUAUCAAACUAUUCCCGGCUACAAUAUUUCCACUGAUGGAUAUUACACAAUCCCUUGUGAUGUAGAAGUUUCGACGCUGCCUGUUGUGAAAGUGAUAAUAAAUAAUCAAGAGUUUCCGAUUCCAAGAGCUGAUCUUGUGUUUGAACCGACGCAAAACGAUCCAAAGCAGUGUGUUGGUGGUAUUCAGGGUGGUCAACCAAAUCCUCAACUAUGGAUUCUCGGUGAUACUUUUAUGCAGAAUUAUUAUUUAAUAUUUGAUCGAGGAGAAGGUCAAAUUGGUGUAGCAAAAAGAUCAGACGUCAAAUAUGACGAUCAUUAA